GUGUUAUCUUUUUCAAAGUAGUUACAACCAAUCUAUAAAUAAUGGCGAAAAGUAAGAAUAGUAAAGAAUAUGAUUCACCAUCAGAUCGCACAUGCGAUGUUACAUGUUUACGAGGAGUCCUUAUCGCAUGCAACUUCUUCUUCAUACUCGGAGGAGGAAGUGCCCUCGCUCUCGGAAUAUGGUCAAUUAUUGCCAAAAUGGAAUAUGCGGCUUUGCUGACAUCGGCCUUUUACACUCUCGUUGUAUACAUGUUGAUCGGAGCUGGAGCUGUUAUCCUUAUAACUGGCAUUAUAGGAUGUGUAGGAGCAAUUCAGAAAAGUCCACGUACCCUCAUGAUCUAUUUCAUUCUCCUUGUUAUUUUGUUCAUCAUUGAACUUCUCGCUGGUAUCUUGGCUUUUGUUUACCACGAAUCCAUCCACUCUGAACUACAUAACGAGCUUGCAGGAAACCUAGCAAAGAAUUACAACGUCACCGGACAAGAAGCACUCACGAAAGCCGUAGAUUUGAUGCAACAAGACUUUAUGUGCUGUGGAGUAAGCAGCUAUGCUGACUGGCAGAGCAGUCGAUUCUACGUUGAAAAUGGACGAGAUCUAAAAACACCAGAGUCCUGUUGCAAGACAGUCACACCAGGUUGCAGUGUUCGUGACCAUCCAUCCAACAUCUACAGAAUAAAGGGAGUGGACAGCAUGGGCUGUCUAACAAGGCUGGAACAAUACUUGAAAGACCAUCUGUUUAUUUUAGCGAUAGCAGGGAUUGUUGUUGCAGGAAUUGAAAUUCUUGUGAUUGUGUUUGCAUGUUGUCUGCGUAAAGCAGUCCUUGAAGAUGAACAGAGUUAUUGAAAAGCAAUUACACACAUUGCUUGAAAUUGUGUUAAAUCGGGCUAAGUUGAAACUAAAACUUCUCCUGUAACUUCCUGUUUGACAGUUGAUGGUUAAGUGCAAGUUCUAUUUAGCUUUACUUGAAUUUAAUAUCAAUUUCAAAAAGCAAAGACAUGGUGUUGCUGCUAAUUAUUCUUUGCAGGCCCUAUGGUCGAUAUAUUGCAAUUGACUAACACAUUUUUUUUAAAUACUAAAAAUUGCCGAAGUUUCUGAAAUUUUAAUAGUGAAAAUGUAUGAGGUUGGCUUUUAGUGAAAAAAUUGAAGUAUGAGAAUGUUGGAAUUGGUGCUAAAACAUGUUACUCGAAAUUAAAUGCAAGUUUUUCUUAAAAUGGUAUUUGUUGCAAUGCGCCACUUAAUGCUACAUGGAGGAUAUUUUUGGAGCGUUUUCAUAUCUGUGGGGCAUUUAAUCUAUUUUGAAUUUUAUAUUUCUUGUUGCUUUUAUCUCAUUAUGUCAGUGUACUGAAAUUUUAAAGCUUCUAUUUCUUUUAGCUAUCAUUUUUUCAUAUCUCAAGAAGAAAGACAAAUUCAGUCAUUAUGGGGUUAUUUUAAUAAUGUCUGUUGAAAAAUAAUAAUACCUGGCAAAUGGUCAAUUCAUAUUCUUCUAUAAAUUACACAUUUCUGAGCCACAUGUGAACUUUGUCAAGUUAAUAUCGAAUUUUUCUAUGUAGUUCCCAUUUACAUAAUGUGAUUUUCGAUAAAUUUGGAUCCACGUAUUAUGCUCUCUUUUUUGUGCUUAGUUGAAGUUGCUUUGUUUUUAUGCACAUUUCUGUACAAGACAAAAUGCUGCCCAAUAAAAAAAUCUUAAGCUCCACCUAUUUUUGUUGAGUCAAGCUUUAAUAAAAAUACAAUGGUAAACUUUUUGUUCAUGAAUUACCUUAUCGAUUUCAAUUCAUUUUAUGAUAUGGUAAACAUAUAUAAUUUUCAAUUCAUUCUAUAGACUCAUCAUGACUUUAUAAUGGUGGUUUUUUUCAAAUAAAACAUGUCGCAUGAGA